UCUGACCCGGAAGUAACCAUCGCGUCAGACCGCCAUGUUGGCUGCAAAGAGAGCGGGGAAUCAUCCCGCGGAGAGUGUAUUCGUCUGACCUCUGACCCGGACCGGCUGACCCGAACCCUCCUCGGUCGGUUCCUCCGAGCCUCCGAUAAUGUGUGCGCGCGGACCGGCACGGGACAAAGACAACAUGGCAGCCCUGAGCACGUUCUCUUCGCAGGUGGAGCUGAUCAUGGAGGUAGCCGUGGGGAGCGCCGUGCACGAGUUAGAAAGGGAGGGCGCGCGAGCGGAGCACGGCCAGGCUCACCUGUCCACCGUGCUGGGGGGCGUGGCCAGAGAAGCGGCCCGUAAAAUCUGCAGAGUCUUCAGGGAGCUGUAUGCGAGCGUAGAGGCGGAAAAUGAAGCUCUCAGGGCAGAACUGAGUUGCCUCGAAAAAAUACCCGGCGCUUCGAGGACAGCCAAACCGCCAGUGAAGUUCAGCCCGGCAGAUGCACCCACCCUGUCUCUGGAUGACCAAUCAGCUGCUGCCACCACUGCUGUGGCUGUGGUCAUCCUCAGCCCGCCGGUGCACGCACCAGUCACGGGCCAAAGCAGUCUGACUGCACUGCAGAAUGGUGCUGUGGGCGUUUUAGACAUGACGCACUUCUCUGCAGAUCCUCUGGUGUCACAUGAUGUGAUCCAGCCCGCAGAUGUGACAUCACUUCCUGACUGUGAGGAUCAGCCGGCCGCUGAGCUUCCAGGUGAUGAACCCCAUGAAGAGCAGUGUGACGCUGCAGCAGAGACGAAGUCUGAACCUGUAGGACAGAAACAUGAUGAUCAGCAGGUGCCCGGGGGUCCGACAAGUGAGAGCUCUCCCUCCCAUCUACUUUUAAAUACUGUACGAACCACAGGUGUGAGCGAGGAGCAGCAGAAGGAGCAGGAGAGGAGGCGGAGGAGGGAGCUGUACAAGGAGAAGAGGUUCUUCUGUGAGCUGUGUGACAAAGGCUUCCAUCAGAAGCACCAGCUGCUGAAGCACGCCGCGUGCCACCUGAAACCGUUCCCCUGCAGCUCCUGCGACAAAGGUUUCUACAAAGCGCAAACACUGCAGCGCCACCUACUUGCCCACCGUCUCCGCGAGGCGCAGGAGAGCGACCCAGACAAGCUACUGCGCUGUGACCAAUGCGACAGGAAGUUCAGGCUGCCACGUCAGCUUCGAGCGCACCAGGCCUGUCACCGGCUUGAGAAAACGCCGCUCAAGUGCUACGCAUGCGACCGCACCUUUACCUCCAGUGGGGCACUGCGAUACCACGAGGUGUCGCACGCCAAAGUCAAGCCCUUCAUGUGUGACGUCUGCGGAAAGAGCUUCACGCGCAAGAAGAGCCUGCGAGAGCACCAGACCGUGCACACCGGGGCACGGCCGUACUCCUGCCAGACCUGCGCCAAGAGCUUCUCCACCGCCAGCAACCUGCGUGUGCACAAGAGGUCGCACUCCGAGGAACGCCCGUACAAGUGCGACGAGUGCGACAAGGCAUUCAAGUGCCGGAUGGGGCUGCUGCAGCACCGCGUGGUCCACUCAGGAGAGAAACCCUUUACCUGUCCCACCUGUGGCCUGAGCUUCGGCCUCAAAUACAACUUCCAGAGACACCUGAGGCUACACAGCGGGGAGAAGCCUUUCAGGUGUGAUCAGUGUGGCGAGGGCUUCACGGGGACCUGGGCUCUGAAGACUCACAUGCUGGUUCACGGCGUGGCAAAGCCGUUCAUGUGCGACCUGUGCGGAAAGACGUUCUUCUACAACUGCCAGCUUCAGAAGCACCAGCAGCUGGUUCACGGCAGCGGUGGCGAUCGGGGAAAGUCCUGCGGGGAGGCGGGCAGGCGGCGGUCCUCCGGAGUCAAACCGUUCAGCUGUAAAGUCUGUCCAAAGAGCUUCAGCAGCAGCAGCUCGCUGCGCACGCACGAGAAGAGCCACGCCCAAAACAAAGAGUUCACCUGCGACACGUGUGGGAAAGCCUUCCACCUGCGUCACCUGUACCUGUACCACCUGAGGCAGCACAGCGGCGACCGGCCGCACGUCUGCGCUGUCUGUCACAAAGGCUUCCUGCUGACAUCGCAGCUGAAGCAGCACGAGCUGCUGCACACAGGCGUCAAACCUCACCGCUGCGAGCACUGUGGCAAAGAGUUCAGGACGCCACAGAACUACCACCGCCACCUGCUGGUGCACACCGGCGAGAAGCCGUACGAGUGCGCCGUGUGUGGCCGGAAGUUUCGCCAGUCCAACCAGCUGAAGUCUCACAUGCAGAUCCACACCGGCGUCAAGCUGUACUCGUGCAAGCGCUGUGGGCGGGGCUUCUCCGACUCACGCCAGCUCAAGAAACACCGCUGUGCAGACGGCGAGCAUGACUCGCGCGAUUCUGCUAGCAAGAACAGGAAGCAGGCGGACACGUUCCCAUGGACGCACGAGUUCACGGCACAGUGACACGGAAACAGGCCAGCGGGAAAACCUGGUAAUUCCCGCUGACACCACCCUCCGCGACUGCGUCCGGCACAUCAACAUCAAAUUGUGUUUAUGGAGUGUGUCCAUCCGCCUCCCGAAGCUGGCACUGAUUGGCUGGUUUGUUCCUUUGGAGUUCCUUUGGAAACUUUGGAGUUUCUAAAUACAGGCCGUUUACCAUUUACCAUUUCUGGUUUUUAUCCCCUGUUAAAGUCAGCGACACAGAAAAUGUUUGGUUUCUGCUGCAAAACCACCUCGCGCACUCACCUGAUGCCCUCACCUGACGCCCCCGCAUGUCUCGGGUUGAAAUCUAAAACAAAGUUCAAGAGCAGCUGGGCCCUGACAGCAUCUCCAGCCUCAGGACUUAAAAUGACAGCUCUUUUAAAUGGACUUUGGCUCUCACCUGGCGUCUCACCUGGUCGUGGUGAUUUAAGUUCAGCUGCCAAAAUCAAACAGACCUUGAGCUCAGUCAUUGACAGAAGAAGAAUCAGAUGAAAGCAGCUCUAAUAAACGUUUAGUUUCUGUUUCAUCUGUGAAAAAAUGACUUUGCUGUGUUUCAGUGUGUUGAAUAAAACUCCACCUUUGA